AUGGGCACCGGGGAUUACAUCUGCGUUACGCUACGCGGUGGUGCACCCUGGGGGUUCUCCCUGCGGGAGGGAGAGGGGGACACCUACAGACCUUUCUUAGUCUCCCAGAUAGAAGACGGGGGUCGUGCCUUCCUUGCUGGAGUGCGAGAAGGUGAUGAGGUGGUGUCACUCAACGGAGAGCCAUGUGCUGAACUCACCUUUUUACGAGCCGUUGCACUCAUCGACACAUCCAUCGACUGUCUGCAGCUUCUUGUCAAAAGAUACUGCACCAUCCCCCAGGGAGAAUCUGAAUCAGAAGAGACAUACUGUGGUGGGAGGGUCUCCUCCUGUGAGGCUUUAAAGAGCACCACCCUCCACAUCUUUACCCCAAAGCACAGGUCCCAAAACCCAACGGGACUCUACAUAUCCGAGUCCCAGGAUGAGGCUUAUAAUGGGGAGUUGGGCAGCGACACAGAGUUUCACAAGGAACCCCAGCUGCUUCACACCCAGCUACAUGUUGCAUCAUCUGGUGAUGGGAGAGACCGGGAGCAUGACUUUCAGGAAAAUGAUGAUGAAGGACGGCAGUGCUUCUCCCCUGGGAACAUGGUUGAGCUCCAGGUGUCCCUGUCUGAGCAAACCUUGGACGACUUGGGCUGCAGCUCUCUUGGGAGUGCUCAUGGGAUAGACGGAGAAAUCUCAAACAAAGAGGCUGUUGACAUGACCCACACCGCCACCGUGUCACACUAUGUACCGUGUUCCGUCAGAGAGCCACUCGGCCAGCAUGGAGUGGUGUUCAGCUCUCCUUCGAUGCUGAGGCAGGUGGAGGUCCUUUUGCAGCAGGCAGCAGCAUCAGGGGCAGGGAGGGGCCUCCUGAGUGUGGGUGGCCCCAUGGUCAGUGGAAGUGUUGGAUCCCAAAGUGAAGGAGAGGAAGGAGGAGUUCACUGCGAGGGAGUUCCUGGGUCUUUCACUGUCUCAUUUGAAAUUCCAUCAGAAGAGGCGACACCAGCGGAAGAGCACAAUUCUGACUCUGAGGGGGAUCAAGACAAACCCAACAAGCAUCGGGCAAAACACGCCAGGCUCAGGCGCAGCGAGAGUCUGUCUGAGAAGCAGGUGAAAGAGAACAAGUCCAAAUGUAAACGCAUUGCUCUCCUUCUUACGGCUGCUCCGCCCAACCCCAACAACAAGGGUGUGUUGAUGUUCAAGAAACAUCGUCAGAGGGCCAAGAAAUACACACUGGUGAGCUACGGCACAGGAGAAGACGAACAAGAGUACAGCGACGAAGACGACGAGGAAAACGAAGACGAGAAACAAGAAACCCAAGCUGUUGAAUUUACCUUUGUGGCUCCAAAUGGUUCUGAAAUAGAAAAGCAUUUCGUCACUAAUGCCCAUAAUAGCAAAGGUGUGCUAACUAUCAAUUGGGACAAGGGUCUCCUUGAGAUCGAAAGGAACCUGAACAACCAAGCAGAGAUGGAAUGUUUGCCUGAUACCAAGGGCAAGGGUGCUGUAAUGUUCGCCCAACGGCGUCAAAGGAUGGAUGAGAUUUCAGCUGAACAUGAGGAACUUAGGCGUCAGGGGAUUCCCGUGGAAGGAGUGACAGUGGUUGAAAAAAAGACAGAAGAGCACUCCUACAUGCAAUCAACAACAGAGGGCCAUGCUUACAUGGAUGUAAAUAUACACCAACAAAGCCAAAACCAACAACAGUACCAGCAAUAUCAGGAACAGCAGUACUAUGAGCAACAACAGAACUACCAACAACAACAACAACAACAACAACAACAACAGUAUCAGCAGCAACAGUAUGAACAACAGCAGUAUCAACAGCAAAUGUAUCAGCAGCAGCAGCAGCAAGAAUAUCAUAGAGAGAAACAGGAAAUGCAGCACUAUUCUACAAACAUCAAUGGCAUGGUCCAACAUCAAACCAGUGAAAUACAGAGUACUUUCAACAAUCGUACUGCAAAGCCAUUCUCAGUGGAAAACACGCCAGCUACCCUUUAUUCUCCCACAUUGAGUGGGACCAAUCAAGAUGUUGUAGGCCAAGGAGAGCAGAUAGCUUCCCGUGAUGAGCGCAUUUCUACUCCUGCAAGCCGGACUGGUCUUUUGUCUGACUCAAGGAGAAGAAAUGCUGGCAAGCCUAUGUUCACAUUUAAGGAAGCCCCAAAAGUAUCGCCUAACCCAGCACUGCUAAACCUCCUCAACAGAAAGGAUAAGAAGUUGGGAUUUGAGUCAGGACCUGAGGAAGACUACCUUAGUCUUGGGGCUGAGGCUUGUAAUUUCUUGCAGUCUCAACAAAUUAAACACAAGACACCUCCACCAGUAGCUCCAAAGCCUGCGAUCAACCCCAACUCUCCUCCUUGGUCCCCACAGUUAGAAGUGACCAACCAGGACAUGCCUCAACAGGCUGAAAAUAGUGUAUCUACACCUGCUGUAGCCCCCACCACAGAGACUACCCCUGCUCCAGAACUAGAGCCAACCCCAACCCCAGCACCUGCCCCUGAGCCCUCUCCCCCUCUUGCCCCCCAGAAGACUCCUGCCAGCAACCCCACAGAGGAACAGCACACAUGGAAUCCCCCGGAGCCUGAAUCUCAACAACAGCCUCUGCAAGUGAUAGCUCUGGAGGAAAAUACUCAUAUCAAUUCUACUCUGCAGCCUGAGCCUGUUCCUGUUCCUAGCUGGGCUCCAGCACAAAUCCAAGCACAACAUCAGCCAUCUACUAGUCCUUGGCAUCCAGCUCAAGUGCAGUCCCAGGAAGCGCCUCAUAGUCAGUCCCCACCACAGCCGCCUUGGAUGACACAACAACCUUCUCAGACCCAAGCACAGCCUCAACCUCCCACAAAUACUUGGACCCCUCAAAUGCAGCCAUCAUCCUGGACUCAGCCUCAAAGACAAGCACCAGCCCAGACCCAAGCUCAGCCAUGCUGGACCCAGCCUCAAGAGCAACCACAGUCUCCACAGGUUCAGCCACACUGGGCACACUCACAUGAACAGCCAAAUCAGCAGCAAAUGCAACCAACUUGGGGUCAACCUCAAGAACUAGUGCAGCAGCAGCCCCAGGCCCCAUGGGCACAGCCAUCACAAACAGACGUUCAGCAUCAGCCAACAUGGGUGCAACACCCCCAGCAAAAAUCCCAAGCACAACCUCCUUGGGCUCAACAGGUUCAACCAGAACCCCAGGCACAGCCACCAUGGGUUCAGCAACCACAGCAUCAGGCACCACAACAAGCAUGGCCAGGUCAGCCCCAACCACCAUGGGUCUCAGCUCAACCUCAACUUCAACAGCAACAGCAACCUUUAAUUAGUGCAUGGCCUCCAUCGCAAACUCAAGCCCAAGUGCAGCCACCUUGGAUCCAAUCAGCCCAAGCACAACCCCCAGCUCAGCCUCAAGCCAAUUUGAAUCCAAGGUCUUCAGUACCUGCUCAGGCUCAGUCCCCUCCAUCAUGGGCCCAGCACCCUUCAGAACAUGGUCAGCACCCCAUGACUUCUUGGACACCAGAGCAAAAUCAGGCACAACCUCAACAACCUUGGGUUCAACCAGUUCCACCCCAGCCCACACCACAGCCAAACUGGCAACAAUCCACUUCAAAGACUCCACCACAGCCACCAAUAAAUACAUGGCCUCCACCUCAGACACAACCUCAGGCACCUAUAAAUGCUUGGGCACCACAGUCGCAGCAAACGGCAGUGAAUGUUUCCUCGUCAAUGGUGAACACUCCGUCUCCAAAACCUUGGCAUCCACCACAAAAUGCCCCACACAAUCUGACCCCUCCACUUCCACCACAGCGAAUGCACUCUUUAACCAUUGGUCAACGAGCUUCAUCACCCAUCAAUCCAAUGGCCACUGUCUUGAACCCAUCAUCCCAUGGUCCAGCUUUUGAGAUGCUAGUCGUCAGAGGGAAAGGAGCUGAUAUGUUUGCCAAGAGGCAGUCUCGUAUGGAGAAAUUUGUUGUGGACUCUGAGACUGUACAAGCAAACAAGACUAGCCGGUCGACAUCGCCAGUUGCUUCCUUACCGAAUGAGUGGAAAUAUACACCCAACGUACGUGCUCCUCCUUCACGGGGAUAUAAUCCUAUUCAGUCUCCUUCUUACCCCCCAGCGGCAAUAAAGCAGCCCCCUCCAGGUAGCCCUUCAACCAAAGCCAAGAAAAAAGGCAAAGAGAAACAAAAGCCUGCCCCUAAACCCCUAAAUGUGUUAGAUGUUAUGAAGCACCAACCCUAUCAACUCAAUUCCUCACUCUUUACCUAUGGCCCAGCAGUAGAGGCUGCAAAUCCCCCUGCACCUAAGGCAGACUGUUCACCUCCUAAUCCACCUGUUGAAAACCAACCAAUUAGAUAUGAGCAAAUAGCCCUUGCCCAGCCAGCUGAAUCAUUUAAUGCUCCAUACCCCCAGCAAGCCUAUGGGAUGCCAAUGCAGCCCAAUAUGCAGGAUGGCCAAUACCAACAAAACCCAGCUAAUGUUUAUCCUCCCUCCAAUUCUUAUCAGCACCCCGCUGGCGGGCCAUACCAGCAAGCAUAUAAUCAACAAACGUAUCAGCAACCUGUCCCACCUGCUUAUCAUCCCCAAGCUCCUCAGUCUUCAAAUCCUCCCUACCAACAGGCACCGCAGGCCCUUUACCAAGCAGCCAAUAGCCCUCCCUACCUGACACCUCCCUCAGUACCUUACCAGCCACAGCCUCCCAGUGGCUACGUUGCUCCUAGUUUUCCUGUAGCUGCAAGGCCUGAAUCUGUAGCAAGUGGCAACACUGUAGCUGCUCCUAAACCCAAGUUCACAGCUAAAAAGAGCUCAGCUCAGGUGUGGAAGCCCAACGUAGUUGAUAAAUAA